AUGGGUACUAAAGGUCACGGAAGUUGGACGCUCUCGGUGAUAAAGGCGGUGACAAGCCAGCGCUUAAUUCUAUCACUACUUUUGUUAGCUGCGGUCUAUAAGCUCGUAAGAUUUCUAUCGGAUGAUGGCAAAGACUUUCUCAUUACAAAAUCGGUGAACCAAAAGAUUGUUUUACGACAUGAUGUGAGCUUUGAGAACAAAAUGCUCCAUCCAAAGUCUCUCUUUUACCAGCGAGGAGAAAACUUUGAUUGGGGAGUUCGAAGAGAGUAUGGAAUUGUUACAAGCAUGCACAAUCGAGCGGUGGCGAUGGGCGUCUCACUCAUUCGAGAGUUACGGUGUCUUGGGAACCACGAGCUCGUACAAGUGUAUCAUUGUAACUCGGAACUUUCGGAGCAGCAUCGGAAUCUACUGCUAAGUGUGGACAACCGACUGGAACUUGUGGAUGUGUGUGGCGACUUGGUGGCGAAAGGAGUACUUAACCAAACAAUAUCGGACACGUUUCGCAAUUGGUGGAUUAAACCUUUGGCUAUGUAUCAUACUGAUGUACGUCAUGUGAUGCUCAUGGAUAUCGAUGACAUCAGUAUCACUGACCCAGCAAAAUUACGAGAUCUUAAACCAUACAAAACAACAGGUACAACAUUUUUCUACGAUCGAGUCCACUCGAAUUGCCACGAGCACGUUAACGGCAUGGAUGGAACUGAUCACUACUUGAAGAAGCUCCUUGCGACAUUUGAUUAUGAACGUUUUAACGUUACAAAAGGUUAUUCUCCAUCACAACAAGUAUUACGAUCUUUCGCAUACACGGGGAAAACUUGUCAUGAGAUGGAUUCCUCUCUUGUGCUGAUUGAUAAAAAGCGUGCGGGGUCAAAAGUUAUGGACAUCAUGUAUUGGUUUAUCACUGAAGAGCGAUUUCGUUUUCGCUAUUCAUUUGGUGACAAGGAAACAUUUUGGUUAGCAUUUGAAAUGGCACAUGCCCCGUAUGCUUUCUCGCCGUGGGGAGUUAGUGGCGUGUCCUCCUUUCCAAACCGUGAUAUGGAAUUACACCCGAAUACACUUUGUGGAAGUAUCUUGCACUACAUGCCUGUAGACGAUGAUAUUCCUGAAAUUUUAUACGUGAAUGGCAAAGCGCUUCUCGAUCCGUAUCCAGAAGGACUUCAGGAAGUGCCUAAGGCACGAUGGAACAAUAUGUUUAACGCUUUUCCCACUCACAUGACACCACGGCUACCAAGAACUGUUUUAAAAAAGUUUGGAGAUGAAGAUCACAUUUACUCCGAGUGCCUUAUCGAUUUGGGCUCUACUCCAUUGCCUAAACAAUUUACUGCUUCCUUACUACGUCGCCGUUUUCAUUAUUGGGGAGUUCAAUCUGGAAUGCUCGCAACUCUUCAACUCUGCGAUACUUAUCAUUAG